GUAGGCAAGAAUUAUUUUUUGCUGUUAUCAGUUAUAACUACAGAGUUUAUAAAAUAUCACCCAUAGAUUCAAAAUCGGAAUAUCCUGAAGGUUGUCCUCUAACAAACAGCAAAAAUAUUUUUUGGAAAGGGCCAUAAUAGUAAAUAGUUUAGUCUUUUUUCCAACUACUCAUCUAAGUUAAGAGAGCGGGCAAUACAGAAGCAGAUGGGCAGCGCUCUGUUCCAAUAUAGAUUUAUGUGUUCAGAAAUUUGAAUUUCAUAUAAUUUUUACAUCACAGAAUAUUACUUUGAUUUUUUCCUAACCAUUUAAAAAAAUAUAUAAGACACAUUCUUAGCUUGUGGGCCUCACAAAAACAGGCAGUAACAGAAUUUGGCCCGCGUGCAGUAGUUUGCGACUCCUUGCUCCUGUGGGUUUCCGUUUGCAUAGGUUUCCAUUGAAACUCACCUUUUCCCUACAGGAACACAGGAGGUUAAAUGGGGAUAUAGUUGUGCAGCAACUCGGCGGGUGGAGUUGCAGGUGAUGUGUCCGGAACAAUGCCUAACGUUUUAACUGUUGUUAUCCUGGAAUUGAGGUCAUAUGCCCAGUUGAAGUCAGGACUAAGGUCAAUGUCUGGACCUGACUUCAAAAAAUAGGCUGCGCGCGCAAGAGAACUAUAUCCCACGCCACAUAGUCGUUGCGGGAUUAGACUUCCGUCCCGGUAGCGCUCCUGGACGCAGGUCAGAGCCCUUAGGAAUUCUGGGAGAACCUGGAAAUUUGGAGGACAGCUAGACGGGAGAGGCAGUAACUGUCUGUGAUUGGCCAUCUUAACAUGGGAGGCGGGAUGACAGGCAGUGAUUUGCUAGCGUAGUGCUGGGCUGCAAUUGGCCAAUACAAUAUUGGGCCUGUAGUAUGGCGACGGUUACCCAUAGACUGGCACAGAAAGGGGCAGGGAAACAAGGAAAGUGAGUAAUUGGCAAGCGAGGAGUGGCGCGACACUUAUUUGUGAUUGGUCCGUAAGGCGCGGAAGAAAGUGUGUCUUCGUUCAGCAAUUGGACCUGGAAUGAAAUAACGGUUUUUUAUUGGCUAAUAACUCUCGGGACGGGGAAAGUGGAGCGUCGAGCGGUCAGUGAUUGGCCAGUAAGAUUGCCGUCGCUCGCGAAGACAUGCUAUCGGCGAGGACUGCAAGGGGCUGGCAUUCCGGGCGCCGGUUCCUGGAACCGUGCGGGCGAUGGCUUCCGGCUGUUGGCGCCGGCUACGCGGCCUAUGGGCCGCCGGGCAACCGCUGUUCCAAGGUCGUGCGCUGCUUGUCACCAACACGCUGAGCUGCGGCGCUCUCAUGGCGGCCGGAGACGGCGCGCGCCAGUCUUGGGAGAGGCGCGCCCGGCCCGGCCAGAAGUUCAACCUGCGGCGCUCAGCAUGUUUGCGGUGGGCUGCAGCAUGGGCCCCUUCCUGCACUACUGGUACCUCUGGCUGGACCACCUGCUCCCCACAUCUGGCCUCCGUAGUCUCCCAAACGUUCUCAGGAAGGUCCUCAUCGACCAGCUGGUGGCCUCUCCCAUGCUGGGGGUCUGGUACUUCUUAGGUCUUGGCUGCCUGGAGGGCCAGACCAUGGGCGAGAGCUGCCAGGAGCUGAGGAACAAGUUCUGGGAACUCUACAAGGCCGACUGGUGCGUGUGGCCAGCUGCGCAGCUGGUGAACUUCCUCUUCGUUCCUCCCCAGUUCCGAGUCGCCUACGUCAACGGCCUGACGCUGGGGUGGGAUACGUACCUCUCCUACCUGAAGUACCGGGAACCCAGAGAGAUAAACGGCAUGUGACCAGGCCCUCUUGUGUGGACAAAUCCCAGGCUCCCUGACCCCUCCCAAGCUGCGUGGCCCUGGACAACCUGCAGACUGAGCUGCGCCACCUGCCGACCAGAUGACAGACAGGACAAGACUGACCGCCGGCUGACCACCAGCUUAGGCAGGAAGGGAAACAAGUUCCUGCAGCUCCGGAGAAGAGUCCUGCCUAGUCCUGAUACCUGGGCGUAGACUGCCUCUUCUAAGCCCACUACUGGGUCUCAGUUUCCCCAUCUGCAACACAACCAUGAAGAUGGACAGUCAUCUCCCAUCCCUUCUCACUGGCGGCUUCAUUGACUGGUGAGGGAGAUGGCCUAUCCUCUGCAACCGGCUCCAACCACAUGUCCCAACCCCUCAACGCUAUUGUGGACUGGGCUCUGGGCCCAAGGAGGGGUGGGGGGAACAUUGCCUGUCCCCUCAGAGCAAGGCCCAGCCUGGAGUCAGUCCCCCAGAAUCUGUCACUUUAGACAGGGUCUCAGGUCUCAUCUUAGGUGGAAAUUCUAAUAAAUUCUGUUGCUGAAAA